AUGGCGGAGGAAUCCACGCUGCGCAGCUUCCUGCAGCUGGAAGACGUGCACGACCGGUACAUCACAGACCUGAACACGGAGAAGCAGCAGUUCACAUACGCAGAGCUGUACGAAGAAGUAGCAAAUCUGCAGAGCUUUCUAAAAUGUAUCAAUGUACAACCAGGGGAAGAAAUAUCCAUUAUCCUUUUCAACAGUAUCGAGUACGUGGUGAGCUUCCUUGGAAUAAACUACAACAAAAAUAUAUGCCUUCCAUUGAACACAAAUUUGAAGAAAGAAGAAUAUGUAAGGUACCUAGUGAACAACUGUAAGUAUAUAAUUAUACACGACUAUGAUGAGAAUGAUGAGAGUUACAUUUCGAUAAAAAAAAAACAUGGCUAUUAUAAAAAUGUGUGCAAAUCGAUUGAGGAGUUAGGUGUCGAACACAGCAUUGGGAUUAUACGAAUUAAAAAGAAUAAAAAAGCGCCGUUUUUUACCUACUCUUUAAGUAGAACCUAUGACGGUAGUCACCCAGUUGACAUGAAAGAAGAACUAAAGGAGGAUAAUGAAUUGAUCAAAAAGGGAAGCGAUGUCUGUUUGCAUCUUCACACAUCGGGAACAACAAGCAAAGUGAAGAUAGUUCAACUGACGAAUGAAAAUAUAAAAACGACUAUCAAGAAUAUCACCAGUUCGUAUGGACUGAACAAUGAGGACAACACAGUGAUAGUGAUGCCUCUGUAUCAUGUGCAUGGGUUGAUAGGAGUGUUAAUGCCAAUUUUGUAUGCCAAAGGUAAUGUCCUUUUUCAAGUAGGGCAUUCUUUUAGUGCCUCUGAAUUUUGGAAAAACGUUGUGCAGUAUAACAUCACGUACUUCUCGGCCGUCCCAACCAUUUUGAAGAUAUUGCUCCUACGGUACGAGAGUGAUUAUUUUGUAAAUGGAGUGAAGAUAAAACACAUGUUGAGAUUUAUUAGGACAUCCAGUUCGCAACUAGAUGAACAUAUGGAAAGAGAAGCAGAGUUGAAAUUCGAGACAAACGUGUUGCAGGCCUAUGGAAUGACGGAAGCAUGUCAUCAGGUGAGUACCAAUAAGCUUAUUCUCACCCAGGGGAAUGACGUAUCAAUUGUUAAGAAGUACAAAAGUGUGGGGAUUCCAAAUGUAGGGGUAGUUAUAUACGAUCAUGAAAAGGAGAAAGUUUGUCAAAAAAAUGAACUCGGAGAAAUUUGCAUUAACGGUAAAAACGUCAUGUUUGGUUAUAAAGAAAUGAAGGACAAUGAAAAUAUAUGUGUACAUGUAAACACUGAGAAGAAAAAGGCAGACCAUAUGGAGGGGAAUCCUUUUUUAGACAUUGGCAAAUCCGUUCCUUUUUUUAAAACUGGAGAUGUUGGCUACGUGGAUGAAGAAAACUUCCUCUUCAUUGCUGGCCGAAUUAAGGAGAUAAUAAACAGGGGGGGCGAAAAGAUCAUUCCGAACGAAAUUGAUGAUGUGCUGAGGGAUGACCCGCGGGUGUCCGACUGCUUAGCCUUUGCGUGUACGGAUGAGCCUGGCAAACCCCCCGCAGAAAACGAAUUCAACGUGGAGGCCUCGCUGAGCCUGAACUUUAAGUACCACCACCUGCGGGAGGAACUAACGGAGCACGUGAAGAAACAACUGGCGGAUUUCAAAGUGCCGAAGAAAAUCUACUUUGUGAAUCAUUUCUUAAAAACGGACACGGGGAAAGUAUCGAGAAGAAAGAUGGCAGAAGGAGUUGACCUUUUGAAAAAAAAUCAACUGAGUCUAUUCGACGUGCUAGCCUUAUGUUUGAAGAAGGCCCACCUGGAUGAUUACAUUUACGGGCUCUAUGGAAUUCCCCUGAACAAAAUGAUAUACAGUUUUGUGCGGAACAAAAUUUACUACAUAAGUUUUAGGAACGAAAUAAAUGCUUGUCUGAGUUGUAGCUAUGUAAAUUAUUUCGACCAAGACAAGGAAAAGAAAAAGGUAGGAGUUAUUCUAACAUGCUCAGGACCAGGAUUUGUGAAUGCUCUGCCAGGGUUAUACAACGCUAAGGUGAACCAUUUUCCACUUAUCUUUAUAUGCUUUGAAAAUUUUAUUGCUAAAAAUUUGACCGAGUUUGAUAAGCACCAGAAUUUUCAAUACUUCUCACAGCAGCAAUUUUUGGCAAAGGCCAAGGAAAUGUGUGCAGGGGUAUUUCAUGUGGAUUCUCCAAAUGCUUUUCCGGAGCAGCUAUUCAAUUGUGUUGAGACAUGUGUAAGGAUGAAGUCACCCGUUUACUUAAACUUGAGUUAUGACCUAAUCGGGAAGGAAAUGACGCUUGACAAGGCUCUGCAUUUAUUGGAUCUGAGUGACAGCUACGCAAGGAGGUACCACCAACCACUGAAUGUGGAGAAUGGCCGAAUCACUCUCUCCAAAGAGGAAAACAAAAAAUUCAAUAAAUUAUUGCAGCUAUUUUGUAGGAUUUAUCAAAAUAACAAAAGAGGAGCAAUCUUCCUAGGUACCAACUGCAACCAUGGAGUUAAGUACGUCUUGAAAUUGUCUCAAUUGAUGAGGAUACCUAUAUAUGCAAGUACCAUGGCCAAAAGUUUUGUUAAAGAAAAUUACCUGUACAAUGCUAAUCAGUGUAAGUCGUUCCUUUUUGAAAAUCUGGACUUUUGUUUUGCCUUUGGAACUGUCUACAAUUUUUAUUUCAAUUUUGGGAACUUCCCACAAUGCAAAAAGGAGAAUAUGCUUUGUGUUGACUUGACGAAUGAUAUAUUUGAUCCUAAAAUGGACUCCCACUGCGAGCAUUUCUUCUUCUCCGAUUUGUGCAGAGUUGUGAAGCAGUUGUAUUUCUCCCUCAAAGGGGGGAAGGCCAUCUCUUCCAUUGAUGUGGACGAACGAAUGAGCUGGUUGGCUGCCAUCCAAGAGGCUAAACAGAAGAGCAUACAUAAACUUUGUUGCCAAGUGGCGACUCAGCACAUCGUUUCUGAACAGUUUACUAUGGAACAGGCCAUGCUUAUCCUCAGACAGUGUCUUCUCGAUUAUUUCUUCUCCAGGAAUGAAAUUCCAGCAACGUACAAACGGUACUUCAUCGAUUAUUUUAAGUACGUUGACCGGGCGAAGCUGCGUGAGGUGCUUCACGGGGAGGUCCUCCCUCAUGGGGAUGGCGAAGUGGAUCAGGACCCGCCGCAAAGCGACUGCGAUUUGAGUGACAGCAGCUCGGAGGAGGGAGACCAAAGGGACGACACGGGCGGAUAUCCCCUCCCCAAUAGGAGUAAAACCUGGGAGAACAAAACAGGGGGGAACAUAAAACGCAAGUUCCUCAACCAGGAAAUAAAAAAAAGAGUCGUAAUCACCAACGAAGGGUCCAUAACGUUACACUUGGGGAUAUUAUAUUUGCCGCAGCUGGGGCCAUACAAUUUUGUCAUUCCGCAGAUCAACGGAAUGAUGGGUGUGUCAAUGAACGCAGCUAUUUGUGCCGCUUUGAACCAUCCAGAAAAUAUCUCUUUUGCAAUUUUAGGAGAUUCCUCCUUUGGCUUUACCUCCAACGAAGUAGAAACGAUGUGCCGCUUCAAGUUAAAAGUCGUUCUCAUUAUUUUAAACAACAACGGCAUAUACGGUGAUAGGGACUUCCAAACAAAGGGACCCCAUUUUGACGAGGUGAAUAAGGAUGCCCAUUUUUUUCUUCAAAAUCCUUCCGCUCUUUACCAUUUUAGCAAGUAUGAAAAUUAUGUGACUGCCCACGGGGGGUAUGGUCGCUAUGUGGAUAAUCGGGAAGACUUUCUACAGCAGAUCAAGUACGUCAUGAGCGAAAGUUUUAACUCCUUCCCAGUGCUACUAAACGUUAUCGUGGGGGACGCACAGUCGGUUAAGUUUGACGUGGACAAGUAUAUACAGUGA